UCGCCCCUCUCGCCUUCACCUCUCCUCCAUUCGUCCCCUCCCCAAACCAUGGAGAAGCCGUCGCGCCGUCGUCGUCCUCUCCUUCCUCCGCUCCCUCUCCGUCUCCAUCGCUUGUCUCGCUUCAUUCUCUCCCAUCCCCGUCCUGUGCGACUGCGACUUGGGGAGAGGCGACGCCAGAUCCGGCGCUCUGCGCCCAUGGGGAGUUCCAUCAGUAAACAUAAGCGUGGCCGUUCCCGUGCCACCCCGCGCCGCACUUGUCAAACCCUAAUCUCCUCGAGCAGGGUUGAAGCUGCGCCAAUGUCGGACAGGUGCGAGAUCAGAUCCGAUGCCGAUCCCAUCCAAGGUGCCUCGGGCGGUCCAGGGCAAGUUGCCCAAGUCUCCAAACUUGAGGCGACGCACAGAGGUUCAUCUUCUCGACCGCCGCUGGGGCUUUUAAAGUUCCCUGAUGAAUUCAAAUUACUGGAAAUGGACAGGCUACUUCCUUGUGACUUGAAAAACACAAGUCCACCUGCCUUGCUGCAGUACGAUGCCUACCUUCACUGGUUUUACAACUCUCAUAGAGGUCCUGCUCCUGUUGCAUCCCUUGCUGAUACCGCCUCCGUGUGUUUGGAGAAGGAGGAUAGCAUGAGAUCCUUGUGGGUUGCUUCACAUGCCUGUUCUAAUACCAAUGCUGGCAUAGUGGAUGAUUACAUUGCUAACUAUUUAUGUACUGCGAUUGAAGAAAAAGGUGAAAUAGAACAUCCAUUUGGCAUUGAUGCUGCUGAGUGUAUUGCUAUGGAAGCUGAGUUGAUAUCUGAAUGGUUGAGGCAUGGACGCCGUAUCUUUUCCGAUGAUGAGUUCACCUUGUGCAAUAACAUCCGCACUGCUGCCGCUAAACUUUUUAUUUCACGCCGGAAGUGGUCUUGUCCUAUUGCUGCUGCCCUUCUGGGUAUCAGAAAGGAGGCUGAGUGGUUGAUUAGGAACUUGAAGCAUAAUUCUGGUGAUUCCAUUAGUACCUCCAUGAAGAUUCGACAAUCUGCCUUAAAGUUUGCGUUGGAAAAGUAUGGUGAGCUUGAACCAUAUAAAAAUCAGGAGAUUAGUGAAAGUGAAAGUGAAAGUGAAAUGUCCUCUGAUAGUGAUGAUGAUGUCGCUGGAAUCGAAGAUAACUACAUGGGGGAUUGCUGUGAUGAAGACUACUUGAAACUUUAUGGUUUCUUGCCAGGGGGAUUGCUGUUUUGAAGACUACUUGAAACUUUUAUCGAUUAAAUGCAUGCUGAGACCAAAUAUAUCAGUUGUUCUCCUUUGAUGAAUUUCUCUAGGACAAACUAUCUCUGAUCUUUCUUAUGCUGCUGUAGUGGUCUAAGUCGUCCAUUAUGCAAUGAAUUUCCAUUUUCUUUAGGUGUUGCAUUGGUCUACAGUCAUUAUGCAAUGAAUUUUCAUUUUCUUUAAGCACAGUUAUGUCUGUUAUUAUUAUUGAACCUAGGUGUUGGAAGUGUUAUGGCUGUGCCAACUGGUAUAGAAGGCCACUAAUAUUUACCAUAUUAGUGGCAGGUUGGCCACCA